AUGGCCCGCCCGUCACUGAAGCAGCAAUCCUCGAACAAAGCACGCAAGCCAUUGUGCAAGCCACACCUAUCGGGAGCCGGAUGGCGGGGCACACUUACAUCCUACGCAGUAGGCCGGCCUCCAUCUCAGCAUCCGCCAUCUCAGCAUCCGUACACGGGGAUCGGCGUUUCGGUGGCCGUCUGUCAAUCAACCGGCCGGAUACCUGGACGGCCCGUAGGUGACGGCGCAAGUGGCGUCUCUGUCAUUUUUGGAGAUGGCGGAUGGCGCAUUCCCACCGCACGCAGUCUAGCUACCCACUCCGCAACAGGUCCCCUAAUCCAACGGGACCCUACCACCUACCGACCUUCAUGUGCAGAGGACCCUGAAGUCUACCUAGCUGCAGUGGCCGGCCACCUUCUGGGCGAAGAUCGACGCAGAAACGGAGUCAACGGCUUUGGAUACGAACUGUUUCCAGUUACCCUACCGCAGUGCGGAUAA